GAGACCAGGACGAGAGUGCAAUCUUGGGCAAUGGCUCCAGAUGUACGCGUUUGAUGUCAUCGGCGAGAUUACAUUCAGCAAGCGGUUUGGAUUCCUAGAGACCGGCCAGGACAUUAACGAUAUGAUGCACCACACUGCUAACUUCAUGACGUACACCGGAACCAUCGGCCAAGUCCCCAACCUCGACUGGUACUUCCGCAUCAAAAACCCAAUACUCCACGUCUUACGGCCAACAAGCAACAUCCUCAGCUUUACCCUGAAGCAAAUCCAAGAGCACGAAAAGUCCCCCGAGAAAAACAGCCGCGACCUCCUCUCCCGCUUCAUCGAAGCGCGCCAGAAAUACCCCGACAUCGUCGACGACGACCUCCUGCACGACUACACCAACACCAACGUCGCCGGGGGCUCCGACACCACCGCGAUCAUGCUGCGGACGCUCGUCUUCAACAUCACAACCCGGAAGCAGGUCCUCGACAAAGUCGUCGCCGAGAUCAGCACGGUCAUGAAGGCGCGGCCGAAGGAUACUGACCCCGACACCCCGAUCACCUGGGCCGAGGGGCUGAGCAUGACGUACUACCAGGCCUGCCUCAAAGAAGCCAUGCGCUACCACCCGCCGACCGCCCAGAUCCUGCCGCGGGUGGUGCCGCAGGGCGGCGUCGAGCUCUGCGGCGUGUAUCUGCCCGCGGGCACGAACGUGGGCUGCAAUGCGUGGACCGUGCACCGCGACAAGCAGCUGUACGGCGAGGACGCCGACGAGUUCCGCCCGGAGCGGUGGCUCGAGGUGUCGAGCGAGCAGGCGAAGAAGAUGGAGGCGCUGCUGUUCACGUUUGGGGCGGGGAAGCGGGCGUGCGUUGGGAAGAAUAUCGCGUUGCUGGAGAUGACCAAGUUUGUGCCCGAGUUUUUCAGGCGGUUUGAGGUCAGGGUGGUGGAUGCGGGGCGGUAUAGGAUUACGUCGUCGUGGCUGGCGGUGCAGAGUGGGUUGGAUGUUUAUUUGACGCUGCGAGAUCCUGCGGCGUUGGUUGCGGAAGUGUAAGACCUGGGAACUGUAGGGACAAGGCGCUGUUGAUGUUAUGAAUGGCUAGCUAUCUAUGUUAGUAAUUUCUUAUAAGCUCU